GCGCCCGGGGCGGCGCUGCGCGGCGGCGGGGCCUGCUCAGGUGCGGCGGGUGGCAGUGCCCCCUGCGCCGCCGCCGCCAUGAGCAGCGCGGAGCCGCCGCUCGGGGCCGGGCCGCGGGCGCAGCCCGCCUGGAAGCGGGAGAUCCUGGAGCGCAAGCGGGCCAAGCUGGCCGGGGCGGCCGGCGGCGAGCCCGAGCCCGCGGCGGCUCCGCCGGGCGAGCGGCUGGUGGUGGCCGAGAGCCUGGGCCCGCUGCACGAGAACCCCUUCAUGCGGCUGGAGAGCGAGCGGCGGCGGCUGCGGCAGGGGCUGCCCGGCGGCCGGCCCGGCCGCGGCCCCGGCCCCGGCCCCGGGGCGGCGCGGCCGCUGCAGCAGCUGCUGGAGCUGUACAGCGCCGUGCCCGGCAUCCGCACCAUCCGCGCCGACAACAUCCUCAUCAUCGAGUCGCAGCCCGACGCCGCCGCCUGCUUCGCCGACGGGGACGCGCUGCCCGGCCGCCGCCGGGACCCGGCCGCCGCCUCCUCCUCCUCCUCCUCGCCGCCGCCGCGGCGCCCGGACCCGCUGCGGGAGCUGCUGGCCCGCAAGGGCGCCGCCCUCGCCGAGAUCCGCGCCGACCAGGUCUUCAUCUACGAGGCGGCCGAGCCGCCGGAGCCGCCCGAGGCGGCCGAGCCGGGCACGGUCAGCCGCCUCCUGGAGAAGUUCGGCCAGCGGCCGCGGGGCCGCCGGCGCCGCGGCGGGGAGGCGCCGCCGCCCGGGCCCGCACCUGCCCCCGGCAGCGCGGCUUCCCCGCGGGCCGCGGCGCCGCCUCAGGCGGGACCGGGCUCCCCGCGGGCCGCGGCGCCCAAGGCGGCGCCGCCAUCGCCGCAGGCGGCGCCGGGCCCGCCGCGGGCUGCGGCCGCGCAGCCGUUGCCGGGCGCCCCCCGCGCCCCCCAGGCGGUACCGGCCCCCCCCCCGCCGUUGCCGGGCGCCCCCCGCGCCCCCCAGGCGGUACCGGCCUCCCCCCCGCCGUUGCCGGGCGCCCCCCGGCCCCUCCAAGGGGAACCGGCCGCCCCUGCCCAGGCCGCGGCCCCCCGCGCGGUACCGGCCGCCCCCCAGCCGGUGCCGGGCGCCCCUCGGGCCGCGGCGCCCCAGGCCAACUGCUUUCUCCACAAGAUCGGCUCCAACUCCUUCACGGUGACCCCGCGGGGGCUGCCCCCCGGCAGCCGUGCCCCCGAGGCCGGCGCCAGCCCGGCCGGCCGGACUCCGCCGCCCAAGGGGCCGCCAGUGCCAUCCGCCAGCGCUUCCCACGCCAGAGCCAACGCCAGGAGGCCAAAGCCGGAGGAGGCCGAAGCGGCUGUGUCGCCUCCACCCAGUGCCAGUCUGGCCCCCAGUGCCACCAGCUCUACCCAGCCGCUUUCCGCCGCUGCCCCCAAGGCCGGGGGCUCCUUCGAGAUCCUCCCGGCCCCCAAGCCGGACUUGGCUGCCAUCCCUGCCCACGACCUGCAGGCGCAGGCCCUGGCCAAGCUGCGCCUGAAUUCGCGCAAUUCCUUCCUCUUCGUGCCCCGCCGGGAGGGAGGCCCGGCUCCGCAGCCUCCGGCCCAGAGCACGCGACCGGGGCCGCCACCAUCCGUGGAGCAUAAGGUCCGGCAGGAGCCCCCGAGGGCUUCCGCUGCGGAGCAGGAAGAGCCUGUCGCUUCCCUGCCGGCGCCUCGGGAUCCUUUGGUACCUGUGACUUACAUCGAUGACAUUGUGGAGCUGGACAGCGGGGAGCUUUGCCCCAAGGUCGGCUUGGCCGUGAGGACGGGGACCUUGGGAGAGCAGCCUCGAGACGCUGUCUCUGACCUGGAGAUGGAGUUUUCCUCUGUGCCCCUCUACAAACCCCACGCCGUCUCCUCCGCCGUCCAUCAGCGAGGAGGCAACACGUUCACUGUCGUGCCCAAAAGGAAGCCCGCCGCCUCGGGCUUGCAGACUUCGACUGAUGGCAGCGGCCGGCCGCAGCGGGAGGAGGACGAGGAGGAGGAGGAAAACAAAGGAAAGGGCAAAGCUGUGGAGAACGCCGAUGUGCCCCAAGUGGGGAUGGCUCUUAAAAAGCGCUACCCCACCGUGAAUGAGAUUGAAGUGAUUGGUGGCUACCUGUCCCUGGAGAGGUCCUGCAUGAGCAAAACAGGCCGCCGAAAGAAGAUGAAGAUCUCUUUCAAUGAGACAAGUUUGCAGACCAUGUUUGAGUACCCCUCAGAGAGCUCACUAGCAGAAGAAGAGGAGGAGGAGGAGGAAGGACGUGCUUCUGAAACAGAGGAAGACAAGACUUGCACCUUUUUCAUUCCAUGCCCAAAUAGCACUUUGAAUCCCAGUACACCUAACUCAGCAGAUUUAUCCAGCUACACCCCAAAGCACUCCGUGAAGUUCAGCGAGUGGCAGGAGCAGAAGUAUGAGGAGAUGCCCAACUCAGAGGGACCCCUCCGAAAAGAAGCUGAUUCCCUUGGGAACCAAGUCAUGCUGACCCCAGCAGAGAAGGGUGGACUCUCCGACUUCAGCAGUGAGCCUGCGCUGUAUUUUUGAUUGCUUCAUCUUCUAGCCUGCAGCAGCAGCUGCUGGACAAAACCUGGCAGUGCACCUUCCCAAUGCCUGUGUAAGCACCACGGAAAUAAGCUUCUGGGUCCUUUCUUCGUCACAAAUUACAUAGGAUCCUGAUGCCAAGGGUGGACUAGAUGCCAUUGGGCAUCCUGGGAGAAUAUUUGCACUGGAUUCUGGGACCUAGCUACUACUUUUAAGGCAUAUGAUUUAUUCUGCCUGUGGCCUUGCAUAUUCCUUGUUCAAGAUCAGCUGUGAUUAGACAAGCAUCUGAAGAACAGAUCUGUAAUCCCAGGAUGGAUGUAGAUUCUCUCAGGGCCUAGCUGAGUCCACUCAUGCAGGCACUAUAUGGGCUCUGGGAAGGUUUUGAAACACUCCUCUCAUUAGAGACCCCAGGGAAGAACGGUUCUGGAGCUGGAGCACUGGGAGUGUCUGGGCAGUUAGCUGGAUUCACAUAAGUGGUUGUGAUUUGACAGCUCGAUUACAGUGGUUGUCAAUUUAUUAAACUGUUGAAGGUUGGUUUAUUCUCAGCAUGUUUCUGGAUCAAGUUUCACUGAACUACCACAGAAUUUAUGUGCCAGUUAAGUUUGUGUGAAGGGAGUUGAAUGCACCCUAUGGGAAGGGGAAUAAAUGCCUUUAGCUUUAGGUGUCAUUUUUGCACUAAUCUGUAAAGUGUCCAGUCUGGCUUGAGCCUCUUGAAGAUUCCCUAACAUUGGCCAUAGCUUUGAUUUGUCCAUGCCGAACUCUGGCAUCCAGUCUCUAAUAACUGCCCUUUGUGCUUCAGUUUGCCUAGUUCCUUUUGUUGCUUUGUUCUAGCAUCUAAUGGGGCCAGGCCCAAGAUAUAUCUGUCCUGGCUGCUGGGGAGACUUGCUUCUUGCCAAGCUCUUUUUGCUCCUCUAAUGGAGAGCACAGGAGGACCAUUUCACUCCUUUCUUCUGCAGAACUUGAACAAGGAAUAUGCUGUUUUCUAGAUAUUUUUUUUAUAGUUCUAUUGUAAUUGUUUAAUGCAGCCAAUAUGCAAAGGAAUCUGCUAGACUCUUCCACUUAAGUGUUCUACUACUGUAAACUCAGGGUCAAGAUUGCACUCUGGAAAAGACCGAACACUGCUGCUAAUGUGAUUUGCAUUUCUGGGAUUAAAAGAGAUGCGAUUGGAA